AUGUCUCGAUUAUUAAGGGGUUUUGGUACUCCUAAGCAAGGCAACAACAAAGAUUCAUCCUCGAACGGAACAAGAUCAUCGAACAAUAAUAAUAAUAAUAAUCAAACAUCAAAUGAACCAGUAGAGAUUGCCGAUCUAGCGAUCAAUACGAAAUUCAUCGCUCGUGCAGGUCUCAACAAUAAAGACAAGGAUGCUGUUGGUGAAAAAGAAUUAUUGUUCGGAUUAGAAAAUUUUGGUAAUACAUGUUACUGUAAUUCUGUUAUUCAAGCAUUAUAUUCAUGUGAAGCAUUUCGACAAUUUGUUGAAUCUUAUCCAGAUGCCAAACCACCUUUAACAGCAAUCGCACCUUCACCUGAUAAAGAUGGUAAAUCAAUGGUACCAAUAUUGAAUGGAUUCGGUGGUGGUGGUCCAUUAAGUCCUCAAAUAUCUAAAGGUAAUCCAUUUGAAUCACCUUCUUUUUCGACAAAUCAAACUUCGGGGGGUUUAGGUACACCAGGAAGUCCAAUGACUCCAGGUGCAGGUGGAAAAGAAAAAAGAUCUUGGACAAGUUUAGGUAGAAGACCAACUAAUCAAGGUUCUGGUGUAGGUGGUAAUUCUUUACCUACUUUAAGUGCUUUACAAAUCUCUCAACAGCAAAAUCAAAAUCAGAAUCAACCCACUUCACCUACUUUAGAAGAUCCAAAAUCUAAUUGGAAAACACCAGAACCCAAUCCAAACCAAUCUCCUCCGUCUGUCUUUCAAACCAUUCAAACUCUUUUCAACCAUCUGACAAAUGCACCACCUCAUCAACCUUUACCCAAAAAAGAAACAAAAAACGGUGAUGGAGAAGCUCAAACUGCUUCUCUCUUGCCUGGUGCCCCAGUCCCUACGGAAGCUGCUCCAGGAAGUCCAACGCCAUCACUCACGACUUCAAGUAAUCCAAACGCGCCUCAAGGUCCUCCUUUGCUAGCUUCCUUGCCUCCCCCUUCGGCCGCCAGAGGUGGUGGGCCUUGGCAAGCAGGUAAACUGGGAAGGGGUGUAGUCACUCCAGAGGAUCUUCUUAGGACAGUCAAGAGAGAAAAUGAGAUGUUUAGAGGUAUGAUUCAACAAGAUGCUCAUGAAUUCCUUGGGUGGUUGUUGAAUCAAGUAGCGGAAGAGAUUGAACUCGUUGACAGACACUUGAAAACGUCCGGACAACAAGCUAAUCAUGGUAAAGGACCUGGAAAGACAUUUGUUCAGAGCUUGUUUGAAGGUAUCCUCACCAAUGAAACGAGAUGUCUGAGUUGCGAGACUACUUCGUCUAGAGACGAAUUGUUUCUGGAUCUUUCCAUUGAUAUAGAACAACAUACUUCCGUUACUCAUUGUUUAAGACAAUUCUCUGCAAGUGAAAUGUUAUGUCAGAAAAACAAGUUUUACUGUGAUUCAUGUUGUGGUUUACAAGAAGCUGAGAAGAGAAUGAAAAUCAAGAAACUACCUAAUAUCCUUGCCUUGCACCUGAAGAGAUUCAAGUAUCAAGAGACAACAGGUCGAUACGCUAAAUUAUUCUAUCGAGUUCCGUUCCCUACUCAACUCAGACUACCAAAUACCACGGAAGAUAUGGAAAAUCCAGAUAGAUUAUAUGAGUUGUUCUCUGUGGUAGUACACAUUGGAAAUGGACCCCAUCACGGUCAUUACGUGACACUGGUACGGUCUAAGGGUCGAUGGAUCAUGUGUGACGAUGAGAACGUUGAACCGAUUGACGAUGAUGACUUAUUCCGUUACUUUGGUGAUUAUCCUUCUGGAGCCGGUUACGUCUUAUUUUAUCAAGCUGUAGAUAUGGAUCUGGCAAGUCUCGGUCUGAAGGCCCCUACACCGCUUGAACCUGAACAGCAGCCUGAAGUCAGCAUCUCAUCAACGAUCUCAAAGCAGCCUAAAGCGGAAUUAAAAGACUUAAAAGAACAUCAACUUAUCGAUUUUUCGGAUGAAACUACACCUCCAAUCAAACAGGAACAGGAACCUGCUGUAUCUGUAUCUGUACCUGCACCUUCAUCGGUACCAGUAGAAGUUGAAACGCCGACAAAGAAAAGACAACCUCCACCUGCUCCUCCAUCUCGACGAACUUCAACCUCGGCUUCACUAACAACCACAACACCUACCAGUACUAGAACCAGACAAAACUCUUUCCCUAUUCCACCUACAACAAGAACAGACUCCACGCCAAUUUCUACACCCAAUGUGAAACCCAAUGGAGUUACAGAUAGACAAUUAGGCUUCGAUACUUCUUCACCCGUGAAAACUCCACCUGUACCUCCACCAUCCAGAAGAGCUUUAUCAUCCUUCAGAAACCCUGAUUCUCCCACUCCGACUCAAUCCCAAACUCAAACUCAAAUUCAGACCCAAGGUAAUCCAUCUUCUAGACCAUCAACUUCCGGAUCAACCACUUUUGGUGGAUUAGGUGUCAAUGUACCUAACUCCAUGCAUGGUACCAAUUCCGAAACUGUACAAGGAAUACCUAAUGGUAACGGAUCUGGAUCAUCGCCCAAUACCACCAACACGACAAUGUCAUCUUCUGUAAUCUCAACUUCAACUAAUUCAGAUGCCACAUCUUCUUUACCCAAUUCAACGACUUUAGCUAAACCCAUUCCGACAUCUGUCACGUCCGGACAAACUUCUGGCUCAACGACACUUUCACCUACUCAACAGCCGACUGGAAGUGUACCGAAUACAUCGAUGUCAUCUUCAGUCUCUUCAUCCAAUCUUGGUAUCGGAUUAGGACGUAAACCCUCGACCUCACAAGGUAAUAGAGAUAGAACUAUAUCAGGUUCUUCAACUACAAGCGGCAGUGGUAAUAAUUACGCAGGUGGAGGUAGUUUGAGCAGAAGAUUAUCUGGUAUGUCAGGUAAAUUAGGUAGAAGUGGAAGUAUGGCGUUUGGUAAAUUUGGUAUUGGUAAAAAAGAUAAAAAUGAUAAAAUUGGUGAAGAAGAGGGUAAUUCGAGUAAGAAAGGUCUAUUGAGUUAA